UACACACUUCCUCCUCAUAGACAUAGAGACAGACAGACCUACUGAGAAGGUGACAUUUUGAAGACUUUUUGGAAACAUACAGGGGGAAGUAUUCAAUAUUAAGGAGAAUCAAGAGAAGAGUAAGUAGAAUGAAGUGGACCAUACUCUUGGCUCAUCUUUUGGUGAUUUGGACCAUGACUGUAGCUGAAGAUACAGUCCCAAAACUUAUAAUAGAAGUGAAAGAAUUAUCCUCGGACAAGAUCACAGUAUCAUGUCUUGAUGGUUAUCAAUUUCCAUCUACUAAUACAACAACUCAAACGUUGGAAUACAAGGAUGAGAACACAAAAGAGUAUGUAUGCAAGAAAGACGAUGUCCAGGCCAAAAUCUAUGUGAAAUUUCGGUCCUGUGAUAACUGCAUCGAGCUGGAUACAACUGCGGCUGUAGGGAUGGUUGUGGGAGACCUGGUGGCCACUGUCCUGAUUGGAGUAGCUGUCUACAGCAUCGCCUCACAGCCCAAAGCAAAACUGAUCACCGGCAAGAAAACAUCUAGCAAAAUGGGGCUCAUCAACAAUGAGGCGAGUGCAAACGAAGACCCCAUUGGCAACUAUCAGCCCCUGAAUAAAAGGCGCAUGGACAAAUCUGAGUACAGCACUCUGCCAGAAAGGAGAUAAAGAGAAAAAUAAAAUGUAAAGCAAACUCUUUAAGCUCCGUUCGAAGAUCCGUUUCGGAUUGAAACGUAGUCAAUAAAGAGGUGAAUUGUGAGCUUCAAUGUUGUGCGGGCCAUCUUGUUCUUUACUAGUAUUCUUUAUCAGCCCAGCACCUAUGUUUUUUAAGGUUGUGCGGGCCAUCUUGUUCUUUACUAGUAUUCUUUAUCAGCCCAGCACCUAUGUUUUUAAGGUUGUGCGGGCCAUCUUGUUCUUUACUAGUAUUCUUUAUCAGCCCAGCACCUAUGUUUUUUAAGGUUGUGCGGGCCAUCUUGUUCUUUACUAGUAUUCUUUAUCAGCCCAGCACCUAUGUUUUUAAGGUUGUGCGGGCCAUCUUGUUCUUUACUAGUAUUCUUUAUCAGCCCAGCACCUAUGUUUUUUAAGGUUGUGCGGGCCAUCUUGUUCUUUACUAGUAUUCUUUAUCAGCCCAGCACCUAUGUUUUUAAGGUUGUGCGGGCCAUCUUGUUCUUUACUAGUAUUCUUUAUCAGCCCAGCACCUAUGUUUUUUAAGGUUGUGCGGGCCAUCUUGUUCUUUACUAGUAUUCUUUAUCAGCCCAGCACCUAUGUUUUUAAGGUUGUGCGUAUGACCACACAUUGUUCUACAAAUAAAAUGUGCUCAGUGCUACAUUACUUUUACAAACCACAAAAUAAUUGUUGUAAUGCAUUGAGUGAAGGCAGAAAUCAGGUCCACAAUAAGUCCCUCAACUGUCCAUUUGAUGUACAGAGUCAUUAACUGUUUGCUCUGUUGCUUUGUUUAGUUUGAUCUACUGCUUUGCACGAACUAAGAUUUCCUUUUGGUACCAUAAACUGUAUUUGUCCAACUUCACACAUGUUUGUUGAUUUCCCCAAUUGUUUUAUUGAGAAUUUGUUUGGCAUGAUGCAUCAUGGGGUUAAUAUUACUGUAUAUAGACAUAUAUACAUUUUCCUUGUAUUUAUAUUUGUUUUCAUUUAGGCUGUUUUGUCAUUCCAUGACGUAACAUAAUUUGUUAUUUGCUUUUAUAGUCCUAGCUGAUAUCUUUUUUCAACCUGUGUACAGAAAAUGUUUGACGAAUUCAGGUGUACCAUGGGGAGCGGAGGUUUGUUGUGAAUUCAGGUGUACCAUGGGGAGCGGAGGUUUGUUGUGAAUUCAGGUGUACCAUGGGGAGCGGAGGUUUGUUGUGAAUUCAGGUGUACCAUGGGGAGCGGAGGUUUGUUGUGAAUUCAGGUGUACCAUGGGGAGCGGAGGUUUGUUAUGAAUUCAGGUGUACCAUGGGAGCGGAGGUUUGUUGUGAAUUCAGGUGUACCAUGGGGAGCGGAGGUUUGUUGUGAAUUCAGGUGUACCAUGGGGAGCGGAGGUUUGUUAUGAAUUCAGGUGUACCAUGGGAGCGGAGGUUUGUUGUGAAUUCAGGUGUACCAUGGGGAGCGGAGGUUUGUUGUGAAUUCAGGUGUACCAUGGGGAGCGGAGGAUUGUUGUGAAUUCAGGUGUACCAUGGGGAGCGGAGGUUUGUUGUGAAUUCAGGUGUACCAUGGGAGCGGAGGUUUGUUAUGAAUUCCAAAGCUCUCCCUCAUCACUGUACCCUCUAAAUGAGAGUGGGCUGGCCUUCCUUAGCUUGUCGGAGACCUAGUCAUUGGUUACGUCUUCAUUGAUCAGGCCAUACUGAGACAGCUCCCUUUUUACCUGUGUACCUACAUUGUCCAGCAGACAAAUGACAACAAUUGGCUACGCUCACUGUAUCUUGUUGACUGUGCCCGUACAGAGUUUGGUAAAAAAAAAAAAAAACAUUCCAGUUUUCUUGCCCAUCCACUUGGAACGAGAUACAAAAGGACAUUAAAUUGCAGGAGCUCGUGUGCUUGAAUUAGUUUAAGGCUCGGGUCAAAUCUAUGGUGGACAAUAAAGUGUGUGUGUGUGUGUGUAGGGGGGGGAUUCUGUGUGCUUCUAUUUUGGCCAGGUGUCUCUUGGAAAAUAGUUUUUUAAUCUCAACGAGACUAACCUGGUGAAAAGAAUACAAAUAACAUAAAUAAUGAAAUGCAAAUUAAAUGGGAAGUUGGUCACAAAAUA